AUCAGUCCGAACCACAUUAAUUUACUCGUCAUGAUCCGUUCUCCGGCUCCUUUCUCGCUGACAGCGAUGACCGUCUUCGCCGCAUUGUGGUUUCUCCUCCAUCCGUCGAGCGCUCAGUUAAGCCCAAGCUUUUACGCCACGACAUGCCCGAACGUUUCCAGCAUCACCCAAACCGUGAUCCAACAGGCCCUUCAAUCCGACCCGCGUAUCACCGCCAGCCUAACCCGUCUCCAUUUCCACGAUUGCUUCGUCGAUGGGUGUGAUGGAUCGCUGUUGCUGGACGACAGCGCCACCUUUAAGAGCGAGAAAGACGCUGCACCAAAUUUGAAUUCCACGAGAGGGUUCGACGUGGUGGACAACAUCAAAGCGGCUAUUGAGAGCUCUUGUCCUGGGACUGUGUCUUGCGCCGACAUUCUCGCCCUCGCUGCUCAAGCUUCCGUCUUCCUGUCAGGAGGUCCAUAUUGGACGGUGCUCUUGGGGAGGAGGGACAGCUUGACGGCGAACCAAGCAGGAGCGAACACAUUGAUACCUUCCCCUUUUGAUCCCUUGGCCAACCUCAUUGCCAAAUUCUCUGCUGUUGGCUUGGACACCACCGACCUUGUCACUCUUGCCGGUGCCCAUACCUUUGGACGUGCACAGUGCAAGACAUUCAGCCCUAGGCUUUACAACUUCACCGCAAAUGGCGGCCCUGAUUCCACCAUAAGCCCUUCGUACUUGUACAGUCUCCAGCAACUUUGCCCACAGAAUGGAGAUGGCACCGUCCUCGCCAACCUCGACCCAGUGACCCCAAACACGUUUGACAACAAGUACUACGCCAACCUCCAGAACAACCAAGGGCUUCUUCUGUCCGAUCAGGAGCUGUACUCGACAGCCAGCGCCGCGACAAUCUCCAUCGUCAACAGCUUCAGUGGCAACCAGAGCGCCUUCUUCCAGAGCUUUGCUCGGUCAAUGAUAAACAUGGGAAACAUUACUCCUCUCACCGGAAGUAACGGGGAGAUCAGGUCGAAUUGCAGGAAGGUCAAUGGGAGUUGAAAGUUCUUUUUUCCCUUUUUUUUGGGUGCUUUUGAU